AUGUCACGCCCUCCAGUCGUUGCGGUAGACUUUGUAUCCCAGCUCAGCUCCGCUUUGAUCCAUGACCCUCCCGCUCCGUCAAACGUUGAAUCUCAAUCCUCGCGAUCACCUGAGCAACCUGACGAAGGAGCGGAUGAUACUGCCGAUGCUCGCAGAACUCGCCGCGAAAAGCCGCGAAUUGAGCUUGCUCCAGAUCAGCCACUUACCACGCAGGGAAAGCCCCGUGCUCGAGUUUACGUUGCUUGCCUUCAAUGUCGGACACGCAAGAUACGUUGUGACGGGGCAAAACCUCAAUGCCAUAAUUGCAGUCGACGUUCCAAGAGUGGAGAUGAAUGUACAUACGAUGCAGUGCCAAAGCGUCGGGGUCCUGACAAGACUCCUGGCGCCCGACAGCGAACGGCUCGGGAUGCUCAUGUAGGAAGCGAGAUCGACGUUCCCGCAUCCCGUCGGCGGCGCAGAAUAAGGCGCGAGGUCUCUGCGACCAAUACUCUUUCGGAUCAAACGGCUAAUACAGACUUGGAGAGCGAUCAAACUCAGCCCGAAUCACUCAUCCCCUUUCCUAACAUCCCCCCACCAGUUAUCGACCCACAGUUAACUGCCAUGUCUCCUUUUCCGGUAGAGGGUUCAGUAGGGUCGAACUCGUUUCAGCCCUUACCCUUGAACAUCCUCACUGAUGCAGUUACAUUGGUCGCACCUUCAGAUAAUGAAGUUCUAUAUCGUACCAUGACGAGCACUGAGUCAUAUGGCCACAGCCCACCUCGGGCACUCAUUACUUCACUGGACAAUGAGACCAGUGAGACUUCAGACGAAUCAUCAAAUAUCACACCCGAACCUUCUCUUGAUUUCACUCGUAAAACAUGGUGGGAUUCACUUCUUGCCAUGUAUACUUCCUCGUCAUACCUUCCUUCCCUAACUGCGACGCAACGUCGCCACGCUACAGACUCAGUCACUGCAGACAUUCAAUUUCUACUCCGCGGAUCUAACUAUUGGUUUACUUUUAUUAACGUUCCUCAGUUCCUUGGGAGAUACUUUGAUCCCGUAAAGAGGGAGCGGAUGCAGCCCGCGUUGCUUCCAGCUGCCCUCGCUAUUGCUGCAUUUUUUCAGAGUUCAGAAGCAGGCAACGGGAGGGAAGGGAGAGACAGAGCUGUUAGGUUACGAGAUAUUGCGCAAGGUCAUUUUGAGGCAAGCCUUAACGCUCGAUGGAUUGAUGAUUCGCUCGCUCAAGCUGCCUGGCUUCUGGCGUUCUUCGAGAUCUGCCCCCAUCCUCAACACACGAGUGAGCGGGUCUCGUCGUCGAUACUCAUGCUUGACAUGAUUAUACGCGGCCUAGGGCUGACCCUUCUUGAUGUCGACAAUCCACACUCUGCCAAGUUCUCGCAUCGAUCAGUACCUGCGAUUGCACCCCAUGCAUGGAGCCCCCCUCGGCAGGCCGUAUACCCAACCGACCACUUACUCACCACUCCUAAUGUCGCUCAGCUACAACAUCCUUUGGAAGGUUGCUCCUGCUCUUCUAUCACGCUUGGGAAACGCUGGCCAGCUGCCUAUGAGUACACCCCACUUUGGGUUACCACCCCUGCGUGGGAUGAUAACUGGUCAGAAGCUGAGGUCCGCAAAGAGGGGUGCCGCCGAUUAUGUUGGAGCGCCCUCGCCUUAAUCGCUGGCCAUACAUCAUACGUUACUGCUGAAAAACGCACGCCUACGGAACUUUUCCUCAGGGAGCCCGCGAAUUAUGCGCUGCUCUUUCCUGGAGAGGCACUAGGAUUGUCAAGCAUGCCGUCCCAUCAUUCAGGUAAAGCCACCGUGUGGGCAUUAAUUCACCGAACGAUGCUUCUCUGGCACAGUUGCCUGCAAAUCAGACGCACCUCGAGUGCAGACGGGGUUGAAAUGGCUCGUUUUGGAGUGGAUGCUUGGCUAGAAGCAGAUGCGUUGGAGCAAGCAUUUGACGCGCAUACCUGUGGCUUGGAGAGGACUUUCUUAUUCCAAGGUCGGGAGUAUUUAUUCAACGUUCGCAUGACGGUAUCUCAUGAUUUCAAACGGUUUAUCCCUGUCGCUACCGCCGAUGCUAAUGGACUGUUCCACCGCACCAAGGCCGAGGAAUGGCUAUCACACCAGGCUAAUGUUGCUCAGCGCGUUGUACUUGGAAUGGGCGCGGUGACUGGCCAUGUUACUCACUCCCUCAUGCAAAGGCCAUUCUUUAUUUUCUGGUUCAUGAGUCAGAUCAGCCGGGCACUUACACUGUGGGAUUGCGACAAUACACUGACCCUUGCUCUUGACGUUUGCACGGCGUUCUUCAAGCCUGUAGAUUACCUAAACGCCCUCUGGCCGUGCGAAGAAAUACGACGCAGGGUCGUCAAGCUUCGCGAACGGCUGACGCGUGCAUACGGGAGUACUGGACAACCGCCUACCUCCCCGAGUCCGGCAUGGUAG